AUGGCUGCCCUCUCCCGCCUCAAUGGACAGAUUUCCACCUUUCUCGCUGUUGGCUUUCUAUCCUCGUGGGCCGUCACUGCGUUGAGUUUGACCGCCAUUAAUGUCCUCAAUACCGAAUCCAAAUUCACCGCGCAGGCCGCCUCCAUCAGCUUGCUCACCUUCCUCGUCUGCCGAUUGCUGGUCCGCCUUCAGCCUGUCGCCCCCACCGAGGAAAGAACCAUCGCGCAUCUCCUUGCAACAGCAGACAAUGGUUCUCGACGGGGCGCGCUCAUUAUCAUCUCUUUCUGCAGCACAUGGCUGUACGAGCUGCUGACCAAAGGACUCCUCCUGCUUCUGCUGACCUUCUUUGGCGGCGUCAUGGCGACCGUGAUUUACAACGACCCCAACUUCUCGGAAAACUGGCAGACUGAGCCGAUGCCCGAUCAGCCCCAGACGACGACGGCCCUGGCUGAGAUUAAUGACUUCAAGGAAAAGGCCGGCUUUGAUCCGACACAACUAUUUCGUUGGAUCCCACCUCAGGCAGUCGUCUACUUUAUCGCCCUAGUGUGGUUAAACUUCAUCAGUCUGGGGCUGUACAUUCUCGGCCAUGCGCUGAAGGCGUUUUGUAGGAUCUUGGGAUUUACUGUUACGCGAACCACCAGUAAAGACGCCCACACGGUGAAAGGGCGCUCCUGA